AUGUCUAGUACGACUGAGGAUAUAUGGGAUGAAGUUUUAGUUGGAACACAUUCUAGAAGAAUUUACGAUGAUAUUGAUAAGAAUACAGAUCUGGAUAAUUACAAAAAAUUUUGCGAACUACUAAACAAGGAUGACGAAAGUGAUUUUUUUACACUUUGUAAAAAGGUAGUGAGAAAUGUUGAGUAUUUAUCUAAAAUGGUUGUAAAUGAUGAAUAUAAGCACCGUUGUUCUCAUUACAGAUUUUGGUUUUAUAAUGAAUUAUUAAAGCUCAUCCAAAAUAAUAGAAAAAUGAACAAUAUAAAAAGCAUUAUUGAUAAAUUUUUGCACGUGCAAAAUAAUAUUACAUUGUGGUAUAGGGAAUUUGGUUGUCAUUACAAUUUUUAUUCAAAGGAUUUAGAAGAAUUAAAUGAAAAACAGGAAGAGAAACGUUUAUAUGAUUAUUUUCAAAAUCAUUUUAGUAUUCAAAAUACUACUACAUGUGAAGAUGUUAAAAAAGAUAAAUAUAAGAAGUACCUUGAUGGCGUUAAUUCUAUGUAUAAAAACCACAAAUAUAAAAAUAAAUGCUGUUAUGAUUUAUGGUGGAAUAAUUGUCUACACUAUUUUAAUUGUCAUGACGAUUAUGAUCCCGAAAAAAUGUUGGCUUCUUUGCAAUCCAGCAGCAUUGGAAGUUGUGAUAAUAAAAAAAAAGGCGCCAGUACAUUGCCUUCUGGUUCAUUAGACCAUUCUCAAAACUCAGAAGAGGAUAUUAAAAAAUUUCAUUAUGCCAGAUGUAAGGAAACAUCACAUGGCAUGUUCUUAUGUAAUCUACUUCCCGUGAAUUUUAAAUCUCCAAAGAGGAUUAAUAACCCAGUAUUACAUUACCAUUGCACUAGCGAUACAUGUAAAUAUUCUCAGAAUUUAAUUCCACCACCAGAUAAAGUUUCAAAAUAUCCAAUGCCUGUUAAAACCACAGAAGAAAAAUCAACUUCUAAAUUCGAAAUAGGAAAGUAUACUAUUCCCGAGUCCUUUAGAAUUACGAAAACAAGAGCACAAGAGAAAAAAAAUAAUAAUGAGCAUAUAGAUAAACACCCAUUACAAGAAAAAAGAUCAACACCCUUUAUUCAACCAAGAAAAUCACCAAUAAAAUGGUUGUUUGGUGAAGGAAAAAUGAAUUGCUCUGCUAUAAAGCCACAUGAGGAUCCAUAUAAACUUUGUGCUUACAAAAAUAAAAGAUUAAAUAAACAAAGUUAUUUAGAGGAAACUUAUACCGAGAGUCAGAAAGGAAAAAAUUUAAUGUCAAUACUCUCUAGUAUCCUGCCAAAUGCAAAAGAAGCUGGAAGAAUUAAUGGAGAGACCUCUUAUAAAAUUAGGGAUUCUGGUACUACAAAUUUUCCUGAUAGUAGCACAAACUACGUUGAGAUAUCAAAAGAUGAAAAUAAUAUAUUAUAUAAUAUAUUUUUCCGCAUUGCUAUAGUUGUCUUGUUAACACUUGGACUUAUUUUCGUUUUUGUAAUUUAUUAUAAAUACACUCCAUUUGGAUCUUGUUUACGUAGAAAUAUAAUAAAGGAAAAAAGAAUUAAUAAAUCUAUUUAUAUGCAUGCAGGAAAAUCGCAAACACAAGGUCCAAGAAAAAUUUAUAGAAAUUCACAGAAUAGACAAUGUUGCAUAGCAUAUCAAACCUCAUAA